AUGUCAACCGUUGAUCUGCAGCUGCCGCCGGGAUUCCGAUUUCACCCCACCGACGACGAGCUAGUGACGCACUACCUCUGCCGGAAAUGCGCGUCGCAGCCGAUCGCCGUCCCAAUCAUCGCCGAGAUCGAUCUCUACAAGUACGACCCGUGGGAGCUCCCAGGGCUGGCGCUGUACGGAGAGAAGGAGUGGUACUUCUUCUCGCCGAGAGACCGGAAGUACCCGAACGGGUCGAGGCCGAACCGGGCAGCGGGCCGGGGGUAUUGGAAGGCGACCGGGGCGGAUAAGCCGAUCGGGCGGCCGAAGCCGGUCGGGAUCAAGAAGGCACUGGUUUUCUACGCCGGCAAGGCGCCCAAGGGGGAGAAGACCAAUUGGAUCAUGCAUGAGUACCGGCUUGCCGACGUGGACCGGUCGGCCCGGAAGAAGAACAACAGUCUAAGGCUGGACGACUGGGUGCUCUGCCGCAUCUACAACAAGAAGGGUGCCAUCGAGCGGCAGCCGCCGACGCCGGAGGCGCACGCCACCAGUCACGACUUGGCGAGCGCGCUGACGUCGGAGGAGGACUCCAAGCCCGACAUCCUGACGUCAUUCCCAGAGUCGAUGCCGAUGAUGUACGAGGAUUUCAAGUAUCUCCGCGCGGCCGCCGGCUCAGCCUCCUCGGAGCACGUGCUGUCGCCGGAGGUCGAGAGUGCGCCGAAUCUUGGCGAUUGGGGGAGCUCGGCGCUCAACUUCCCAUUCGACUAUGUGGGCGCCGGCGCCGGCGCGCUGGUGGGGUCGCAGUUCGCCAGCGGCUAUCAGAUGGAGCCGAUGAGCGAGGCGUACGCGUACAUGACCAAGCCGUUCUGA